UCCCAGCGAGGAGCACCGGGUAUUGGUCCGCACACGCCGAGCUUUUCCGCCGCCUUUGGGCAGCGAUACAUCCCUUGGUGUGUGUGAUGUGCACCCGCUCUUUCUGAAAUCCGCCGUCCUCAGCUCAAGGACUGUGCCGAAACUGGUCCACAAUGUCCGAACUUUUUAUGGAGUGUGUAGAGGAGGAGCUGGAGCCGUGGCAGAAACAAGUUCCUGAAGUUCACUUGAUAGAAGAUGAUGACGAUGAGCCCAUCUUUGUUGGAGUGCUCUCGAAUAACCAGAAGGAUGGAAAGCCUUCUAACCCUCCGACUCCUCAAAGGAAAAGUGCAGCGAAACAAGAAGUAAAGUGCCCCCCUCCUCAGCCUGCUGUGGUCCCCUCACCAAUAGUGCUGCCAUUGAAUAUACCUGGGAAAACAAAGAGUAUUGUACCAACCAGUCUGACAACAGUAACUCCACAGCCUGUUAUUGUCAAUAAUCAGGGCUUUAUUGUCACUUCUCCACAGUUAACAAAUAGCAGUGACUUUAUUGCCUCUUUUGGGGCCGCGUAUCCCCCAAGACCAUCAAUUACAAUCAUUCCAGCUGGUCAGCAGCAGAUUUUUCAGCAGGUCUCUCCAGCCACAGUCAUACCUGGCGCUGUCCACAGGCCACAGGUGCAACAAAUUAGCAACAAUGUUGUGACACUGUCAAAUGUCCAGAGUCCUGCUGUAUACUCAACACAGCCUAGUCAGCUUCAACCAAACAGAUCCACCUCACAACCUCUUCAGACCUUUUCUAUGUCUGCAAAGGACACCAAUAGCAGAGAUCAGAGCUUACUGAAACGAGGACUGGCACCACAGGAAAUGGACAACGUAGCAAAAAAAUCAAAGCCUGACUUGUCACCACAAAAAGUAGUCAUCAGAGUGGAAAAUGGCAUGGUAAAGAGAAAGUGUCCCAAUUGUCAAGAAGAAAUUCUCACAGAGGAAGCUCUAAAAUAUCACAUGAUGAACUGCCGUGCCAACGGAGGAAGCACAGCUCCAGCGGCCCUGAACACGAACUCAAACAAGCGCAUCAUGCUGGUCGCAGAUUUCUAUUACGGUAACUUUGAGGGAGACGUGCAAAAGAAGGAGGCACAGAAGACCAACACCACCUUUAAGUGCCAGAGCUGCUUAAAAGUUCUCAAGAAUAAUAUCAGGUUCAUGAACCAUAUGAAACACCACUUGGAGCUGGAAAAGCAGAACAGCGAGAGCUGGGAAAGCCACACAACCUGCCACCACUGCUACCGACAGUACAUGACCCCGUUCCAGCUGCAGUGCCACAUUGAGAGUGCUCACAGCCCAAUUGAAUCCUCAACCAAUUGCAAGAUAUGUGAGCUGGCGUUUGAAUCAGAGCAGGUGCUUCUGGAGCACAUGAAGGGAAACCACAAACCUGGGGAAAUGCCUUAUGUGUGCCAGGUUUGCAAUUACAGGUCUUCCUUCUUCUCUGAUUUGGAGACACAUUUCAGGAGCGUCCACGAAAACACAAAAGACCUGCUGUGUCCCUUCUGUCUCAAAGUUCUUAGAACUAGUCAUAUAUACAUGCAGCACUACAUGAAACAUCAGAAAAAAAAGAUCCAUCGCUGUGGAAAAUGUAGACUGAAUUUUCUCACCUACAAGGAGAAAGUGGAGCACAGGACUCAUGUCCACAAGACUUUUAGGAAGCCUAAAGCCCUGGAGGGCCUUCCUCCUGGUACAAAGGUGACCAUUAGAGCUUCCCUCACAGGAAAGUCACCUGCACUGCCGGUGUCCCCUAAGCAACCUGGUUUUGUCGUCAGUACAGAAAGUCUGAGUGUGAAUCAUCCAAUAAAACCUCAUGUUACUGUAUCUAAGUCUAAACCAACCACCUCAGAAACAGGAAAGGCAAAGAUGCCUCAGAGCAAGAAGCAAAACCCUCAGUCCAAGCACAACCUGGCACUCAGGAAUCUCAGUGCUAGUGGAGGGAUUUACACAUGCAUCGAAUGCAACGCACACGUGGACGACUUUUUCUCUCAUUUCCCAAUGGUUUCCAGUUGCGGCGCAUGCAAAUAUCGCACAAGUUGCAAAGUUUCUAUCGGGAAUCAUAUGAUAAGAUUUCACAGCACCAUCACCAAGAACAGAUUUUUGAAAAUGGAUCACAAGAAAAAUUCAUUGGCCUCAAAGUUCACGUUGGUUUGUCUCAGCUGUGACCUUCUCGUCGAUGCAUCACGUGGCGACCUGAUGACCAAACAUUUAAACGAUCGGCCGAAUCACGUAUGCAAAGUCAUAGCUGAGAAAGCAGAUAUGAAAGCCAAAGAUCGUGUGCAGCUCAUCGUGGGGCAGCCAGCCAAAGUCCAAGUGUACGUCUUGACAGCCUCACCUGCUCAAAAACCAAAGGAAACGGACCCAAAACAAGCUGAAUGUGUCUCAUCUGGAGGUGCAGCCAUCGGCACUGUUGACAAACCAGAAUUAGAGUCGCCGUUACCAGCAGGAGAUCAGAAGGAGAUUUCCACAGGAACAAGUGUUAUCCAGGCUUCCUCUGAAGAUGACUCAAAGACGUCGGUGCUGCCCGCUUUACCGUCUUCCAGCACACCUGACCUCUGUGACGAGAUCUCAGAGAGCAGAGAUGAGGAAGAUCAGUGUCCCGACUCUGUGUCUGCGGCAGAGAGUGCGACUGUGGACCAGCAGCCUCAGUCAGAUUAAACCUGUACAGACUAACUAAACAAUGACUUCCCGUUAUUCAGAAAACACCUCACCAGUGUACUAGAUGUAAAACGUCUUUAUAUUUGUGAAUAAAAAAAAAAAAAAGUAGAUCCAGUAAAGUUUUAUUUACCCUGCAAAGUUGAUCAGGAGUAUUCCCACUAAAUAUUUUUGAUUCUUUUGUAAGAUCCUCCGAAACACACAAAGUGUCUGGCGCCCUGCCGGCCUAAAGAGGGCAGUGAUUGUCAAAAAAUGUUGACACAUAAAUUUGUCAAGACCACCAGAUUUCCUUAAAAAGAAAUCCCACUUCCCGGCACAGAAUGCUCAAAUUACUUAUACCUAAAUUCUGCAUGUAGUCCUCCUAAAAAUUUGCCUGCAAAAAUAUUGUAAUUACUGAAUGUUUAAGCAGCUUGGGCCCAUCCAUAGGUUUUCCUGGUGUUUUGUAUUAAUUAGGAUAGGAGGAAGAGGAUCAAGGAAGUGAGAGGCAGUCAAAGUGUUUUGGGUUUUUAAUGUGUGGUUGCUACUAUUGUGUAUGUGCUUUUUAUUUCCUUUCAUUUUUUAUUUGUAACGAACCUCAAAGCUGCUCCCUUUAUAUAGAGUCAGGUUGCUGUGCAGCAAGUGUAAAAAUGUUAAAGUGAUGUAGCACAUAUUUACCUUGAUCACCUGCUGGUUUUAAGUAAGUUUAUCAACACUAAGACAUCUGAUUUAAACCAUUAGGAAAAUAUGUGGAAUGUUUUUUUUGGGGGGGGGUUCCCUCCCCACAUGGAAAGUGAUCUCAGCUCUGAAAGGUUUGCGUUUUAAAGGUGAACAUAACCUGAAUAUUUUAGCAUUGAGUGAAAGAUUAGGUAGAUUUCACUGUGUUAACAGAGUUGACAGAUCCAGCUUAUAAAAUAAAUACCUUUUGGAUUAGGUACUAGAUGGGUUUUGAUUUACAAUUACUGAGGGGGGGGGAUCUGGAAAUAUUUUUUACAAUACUGUGUGUUUGUUUUACUUGGCUUGAAAUGUCAGAAGGUUUGUUUAAAAAACAAAAAAACAAAAAAAAGAUCUUUCACUUGUACAGUACAGCAAGUUUGUAAAUGCAUCUAUGUCUAUUAAGGCGCUAUAAAUGUACCCCCAUCCAACCUGUUUUUAAUACAUUCUUAUAAAACUAUGGUUCCCCUUAGAACACAUUUUCCUCUGAUCAACAUUCUUGGCUUAGAUCCAAGUGUUCCUCUUCUUUGUUAUGUAAAUAAAUCUUUAAUACAAGCCA